AUUGGCUUCUCCAAAUCCCCAUCUUAGGUUUUCCAGAGCCACGGAUUAGUCACUUCCGAAGUGUCAGCAUGCUUUCAGGUUUCUCGUCUUACCCAUUUCAUGUUUUCGUUACCAGGCUUGGCAAACUAUGAUUCUCUUUUGUAAUGCCAAAAAGUGUAUAAUUUUUGGACACUUCUUUUCAUCCCCUUUCAUGGAGUAUAUCACUUUGCUGUUCUCAACCUGAAUCGCGCAUACCCAUCUUCUCGGAUCUGCUAAUGGGUUAUCAGAAUUCUCUCACUCGUAAAUGGCUGAAUCACUAACAAACCCCAAUGGCGGAGCUAAAGGUUCGAUCACUGGGAGUUACUUCCGACUCAGAACUGCAAAUUUUCAGAAAAGACCAAUUUCUGGCAGUCCAAUUCUUUGUCCUUUUCCUACUUGUCGCAAGAUUUGUUUAAAGGGACAGAAGGUGGAAUUUUCAAGUGUAAGUUCUCUUCUUAAGCAUCAAGUUUCAUGCAAACUCACCGACGUUAGAAAUGAUUCAUGCUCAUCAAAGGAGCAUGGAAAGAGUCAACCUUUGGUUAAGAUGUGUGGCAUUACAUCAGCUAAAGAUGCUAUAAUGGCAGCUGAAGCUGGUGCAAAUUUAAUUGGAAUGAUCAUCUGGCCUAACUCAAAACGUUCUGUUCCACUUUCGAUUGCAAAGGAGAUAUCGAAGGCUGCAAGAGAUCACGGGGCAGAGCCUGUGGGUGUAUUUGUGGAUGAUGAUUCAGAAACAAUUCUAAGAGCUUCUGAUGCGGCAAACCUUGAAUUUGUGCAGCUUCAUGGACACGGUUCUCGGUCAGCUUUCCCAUCUUUAAUUCUGGAAAAUCGUGUAAUAUAUGUUCUCCAUGCAAAGGACGAUGGGAGUCUUUCGAACACUAUUUCUGAGGAAGAGUGUUCUCUAGUUGAUUGGGUCCUUGUUGAUAGUGCACAAGGUGGCAGUGGAAAAGCAUUCGAUUGGGCCCGGUUAAAACUACCAAAAAUUAGAAGCAAGUACGGGUGGCUCUUGGCCGGUGGGAUCAAUCCUGAGAAUGUUUCAGAGGCUCUAUCUACUCUCAAGCCUGAAGGGGUGGAUGUCAGCAGUGGCAUUUGUGCAUCUGAUGGCAUACGUAAAGAUCAAUCAAGAAUAGUUUCUUUCAUGAAUGCAGUACAUUCUUUUGAGUGUUGAUUUUCCAACUUGUUAUGAGUCUCGAGAAAAGAAGUAUUGUGAUUUGGAAAUAUCCUUCUGAUGUCUUGUUGCAAAUUUAUUUCCAAAUCCUAUUGUAUCCCUGAAGUUUUUAGUUGGGAGCGUUUUUUUUGGCACGACAACAUUGUAAUGCGGGGUGAGAAUAUAUGGGUACAAUCUUCAUUUAAUUAAUACAAAUUCGAAUAAAGUAACUUACUUUCCCUUUAUUAUGUA